UGAGUUCAAGAUGCAACGAGUCCGGGGUGUUUGGGGGAUCGGAGGCAAAGUGUGGAGAACGGGAGUCGCGGGGAGAGGCUACAGCAGUGAGCAGACCAAUGCCCUCCGUCGGACAGCUCUGUAUGACUUUCACCGAGACCAUGGAGGCAAGAUGGUGGAGUUUGCCGGCUGGAGUCUACCGGUGCAGUACAAGGACAGCCAUAUCACCUCGCACCUGCACACCCGCCAGCACUGCUCGCUGUUUGAUGUUUCCCACAUGUUGCAGACCAGAGUUCUGGGAAAGGACCGGAUUCGGUUUAUUGAGAGCCUUGUGGUUGGCGAUAUUGCUGAGUUAAAAGAGAACCAGGGAACGUUGUCUCUCUUUACUAAUGACAAUGGUGGAAUUAUUGAUGAUCUCAUUGUCACCAAUGCUGCAGAAGGAUAUCUGUAUGUCGUGUCCAAUGCAGGAUGUGCCGACAAGGACUUAACCCACAUGCAGAACAAACAAAAGGAGUUUCAAGCAGUGGGACUGGAUGUGAAUUUGGAAAUAGUGGAUUUUUCUCUGCUGGCUCUGCAAGGGCCCUCUUCUGCUCACGUACUUCAGGCUGGACUUUCUGAUGACCUUUCUAAGAUCUCUUUUAUGAGCAGCGUUACCACCAGUUUGUUUGGCAUCCCUGGCUGCAGGAUUACCCGGUGCGGGUACACUGGAGAGGAUGGUGUGGAGAUCUCGGUCCCUGCACAACGAGCAGUGGAGCUGGCAGACAGACUCCUGCAGAACAGCGAGGUGAAGUUGGCAGGGCUGGCUGCACGGGACAGUCUGCGUCUAGAGGCAGGUCUCUGUCUCUACGGCAAUGACAUUGAUGAAACUACCACUCCAGUAGAAGCCACUUUAGUGUGGACUGUGGGUAAAAGGCGUCGGGCAGCCAAGGAUUUCCCAGGAGCUUCUGUAAUCGUCCCUCAGAUCAAGGGGAAGGUGACCCGAAAACGAGUGGGUUUGACGUCAACAGGGCCCCCUAUUCGGCAGCACACCCCCAUCCUAAAUGUAGAGGGGCGAGUUAUAGGAGAAGUUACCAGCGGCUGCCCGUCCCCCUGUCUGCGGUAUAAUGUGGCCAUGGGAUACGUGGAGCCAGAAUACGUGAAAGCUGGCACAGCUUUGCGCCUUGAGGUCCGGAAGAAAUUUAUAGAUGGUGUCACCAGCAAAAUGCCUUUUGUGCCAACAAAAUAUUAUACACUUAAAUGAGCGUGGCGCUGAGUAGAACAGCCGCCAGUGUGUGUAGUUAUCUGUGUUUGUGUACGCUUGCCUCUCCUGUUGCAUCAGGCUGUCGGGUGUGCUCGUGUGUGUAUGUAAUGUGUCUGUGCACAAGUGGAACACUAUGCAGUCCAGUAUUUAUCUGUAAGGAAUGGAGAAAGACCAGAUUUUGUAUAUUUAUUAACCUCUUAAGGACAUAUGACGGAAUUUUUCCGUCAUAAAACAAUUGAGCAAACUGAAAGCUGUGUCCUUAAAGGGUUAAUUAUCAAGAGUAAAUAUAGAAAAUACAUUCUUGUACACUGACUUGCUUAUACUAUAUCUGGUCAUAGAAUUAGCCUCUUAAAACAUUCAGUAGCAAGCAAGGCCUAGCAGAGUUCAGCGCACCUUAAAGGGAUAUUAUAUGUUAAAAAAAAAAAAAAUCCCAUGCAUAUGAAAGGGCUGCAUUUUUGCCUGAUAGAAUGUGAAAAAUAAGUGAUUUCAAUUGAAUUUAAGAGAGCAAUAUCAGUUGUGUAUUUACUGCUAAUUCUUAUUGGUUGACCAAUGAGCAUUAGUGGGAAGUACCUGUCAUCUAAAAAGCGUAAGUAAGAAAUACAGGCAUUCAGAUAGAGCAAACCAUUUUGAAAAUGUUUCCAGUUUAUUUUUAUUAUCAAAUUUUACUUAGUUCUCUUGGUAUCCUUGGUUGAAAAGCAAGUAGGUAGCCUCAGGAGCGUGCACAAGUCUGGGGCAAUAUACUGCAAGAAUUUUUUGAACCGUGUUAUACAUUUGCAAGAGCACUAGGUGGCAGCAGUGUUCCAAACACAUGCACACUGCCUACCUAGGUAUCAUUUUUAAUGCAGAAUACCAUGAGUACCAAGCAUUGUGAGAAUUAAAGUAAAUUGGAAACUUUUGUUUUUCAAAUUGUAUUCUCUGUCUGAAUUACGGAAGAAAAAUGGGUUGCUUGUCCCUUUAAGCAUUGGUGUGCCUAGCCAGUAUAUAAAGAACCAAUAAACCACCCUUUACUUACUACUUUUCUCUUAAAUAUGUAUCAGACUUAGGUUUCGAUGUGUCAGAUACUGCACGUUCUGUAGUUGAAGGGUACAUACAGGCCCAUUUAUCAAGCUCCGUAUGGAGCUUGAAGGGCCGUGUUUCUGGCGAGUCUUCAGACUCGCCAGAAACACAACUUAUGAAGCAGCGGUCAAAAGACCGCUGCUCCAUAACCCUGUCCGCCUGCUCUGAACAGGCGGACAGGAAUCGCCAGACAUCAACCCGAUCGAAUACGAUCGGGUUGAUUGACAGCUCCCUGCUGGCGGCCGAUUGGCCGCGAGUCAGCAGGGGGCGGCGUUGCACCAGCAGCUCUUGUGAGCUGCUGGUGCAAUGUUAAAUGCGGAGAGCGUAUUGCUCUCCGCAUUUAGCGAGGUUUUGCGGACCUGAUCCGCAGUGUCGGAUCAGGUCCGCAAGAGCUUUGAUAAAUGGGCCUGUAAGUCUAAUCGUCCGGUUUUAAGAACAAUUUCCCUGUAUUCCAAAGCUGCUGAGAGUCCAAAUAUGUGAUCUAGGUGUGUGUUUUUAAACAUAAACGUACAAUUUGAAAGGUACUCGUCUCUUUUAGGGCUUAGUUAAACUGCUCCUUCGUGCUGAACACUAAAAAUGUGUUAAUGUGUUUAAAGGGAUAUAAAGGUCUAAACUGAAAGUUGUAUUUCUAUUUUAAAUAGAAGCAUCUUUGCAAUAUACUUCCAUUGGCAAAAAUGCUUCUAGUAAACGUUAUUACCAUUUUUCAGUGGCAUAUGCACAUAUGCUGUGUGGGCCGUGCACCAGUAUUCAAACACCAUGUCUACUUUGAGAGCUGGCAGUGAUGUGCAUUACGUCUCUGAAGACUUAAUUUGUGUCAUACAAGCCAUUCUCUGAACAGGUGUCUUUAAAUACUGGUGCACAGCAUAUGUGCGUAUCCUACUGAAAAACAUAACUUUUAUAAGAAGCAUUUUUUGCUGAUGGAAGCAAAAAUGGUUAUAUUUCCAAGUGAAAUACACCCAUACAAAUCUCAAUUUUCAGAUUUCUAUCUCUUAAUUUAUUUUGAAAAGCAUCUGUUUAAAAGAGGCAAUUCAACAGCAAAUGUAAUAUUUUCUCCUGUUAGAAAAGGUGGUGAGACAGACCAGCGUUUAUAGCUAUCUCUGUGCCUCCAGCCCUAAAGAAAAAAAAGCUAGUCUAACACCUCUGAUUGUCUGUGUGCGUCAGUGAAUGCUGCGGUCUGUGUGUGUUCUGUUUUGGGUGGCGCAUUUUGUGUGCGUCUGCAACCUUAGUACGUCUAUAUGCAACUUAUCUGGCACAUCUCUACGUAUAUAUCCAUCGCUGGUUACGUUGUCUUCCUAGGUCUGUCUGCUUGAAUAUACAUUUUAACAUGUUUGUGAGUCUGCAUUUGGAUUUGCCUGCUGUUAUGUAUGAGACUGUAGUCGUUUCUAUACGUGUUAUUACAGAUACACCUCAGUAUCUUCUCACCACUGCAUCCAGAUGGUGUGUCAUGUAUACAUUACAGUUUGACAGGGGCUGUGUUUUUCUAAAAAAAAUAAUUGUAUCAAAGCAAUAACUUCAGUAACCAGCAUGUACGACGUGGGUUGGGACCUCCUCCUCCAAUAUCUGUUCAAACUUCAUCUCUUCCCUUCUCUCAGGGAGCAUCUACUUUUUGUGCCAAAUCGUACUGCCAAAAAAAAAUAAUCUAUACCUGCUCAGAGAAGCAGGGGCGAGUAAGGUUUUGAUAAUUCUCUCCAUCUAUACAUAAACAUCUACAUUAUACAGCUUUUUUCUACAUUUAUCUUAAUUUUAUCUAUUCAAAUUGUUUUCAUAUCCAUGGAACAGUUUAAGCUGUGACCUCAUCUUGGACCAAUCAGUAAAGCUGUAGCACUAAUUAUUGUAUUUCAGUGAUUAAUAUUGAUAUAAAUAAUUCAGGGUAGAUAUAGGGACCCGAGGAGCAAGACGGCUACAAAGGGGUUAAUAUCCACUUCUAAAUGGGAGUGUUAGCUACUAACAUUUUAUCUGUAGAAACAUGAGGGGUCAAUAUAUUCUGGUCACUGUCGCACUUACUCCACUGAUGGGUCCUUCAUGUCUGUGUAUUCGUUAACAUAAUUUUGUAGCAAAUUAAAAAAAAAUGUUGGUGUA